GUCACUUUGGUUUGCUAUGGAAUCAGAAUUCGGAAACCCGAAACCCUGAGCCCCCAUUGCUUCACUCUCUAAAUUCUUAAAACACCAGAACACUUCCUUUCCCUCCCAUUAUUCUCUCUCUUCGAUCUCCUUCUACUUCUCAUUCUCUUCAUUUGCUUCACUACCUUCUCCUUCAGGAGAUUGAACUCCCAAGGAUUUAUUACUGCUGCUGAACCCAAAACCCCUCAAUAAACCCUCACUCUGCAGUUAUGGCUUCCGCUUCAGUUGUAUCUGCAGGGACUUUGUGUGAAGCUCGUGGUACUGUAAGUGAAAAUUGUAGGAGUGGGAGAGAUCUCAACACAGAAAAUUGUGAUUUACAGGUUACAUCACUAUACAAGAAGAGAAGGAUAUCUUCAGUUUCUGAUUUUUUUCCAUAUGUUCUGAGAAGGAUAGAAGAAUUUUUACCUAGUUUACAUUCCCCUGAUUAUUAUAUGGAACCUUGCUUGAAAGAUAUGGUGAGAAUGGAACUCUUCUAUCCUGGUUAUUGCAGCCGAGUUCCGGAUUUUGUGGUUGGAAGAUUUGGAUAUGGGUGUGUAAAAUUCUUUGGGAAAACUGAUGUAAGAGGGUUGGAUUUAGAUCAAAUUGUGAAAUUCCAUAGGCAUGAGGUGAUUGUAUAUGAAGAUGAAAGCAACAAGCCCAUGGUUGGUCAAGGGAUUAACAAGACUGCUGAGGUAACUUUGAGACUUCAAAUUAAAAAUUUAGACUUGGGUAAGCAGGAAGUAGAUGGUAUUGUUAAGAAAUUAAGACAGAGCAUGAAGAGUCAAGGGGCACAAUUCGUUGCAUUUGACACGACAAAUGGUGAAUGGAAAUUCUUGGUUGACCAUUUCAGUAGAUUUGGGUUGAGUGAAGAUGACGAGGAAGAUAUUAUUAUGGAUGAUGCAACAGGAGCUGUGCAAGAUCCUGGGAUAAUUGGUGAUGGUGGGAAUCCUGAGAUUGAUGAAGAUAUGCAAUUGGAUAGUAAUGGAUCAUUGCUUUCUCAUUCUCUUCCUGCACAUCUCGGGCUGGACCCUGUGAAGAUGAAAGAAAUGAGAAUGUUGAUGUUUCCUUCCGAGGAAGAAGAGGAGCUUGAGGAUUUUAGAAGGACAGGUUCUAAUCGGAAACAAGGAUUUGCGAAAGAAUAUAUAAAGUCCUCUUUGAAUAACUCUAACCCGAGGACGGCCAAUAAGUCUAGCCCACCUGUUGUGCGGAAAACCCCUGUUGCUUUACUUGAGUAUAAUUCUGGUGCUUUUGAUUCAAGCUCAUCUAGAACUGUUCUGAUGACACAAGAAAAUAAGGGUUUGCCACUAAAGACCGCUAAAAGGGAAGGUUUCAAGCUGGACAUCAAACAAGAGACACCGGUCACUGGAAGCCAUUCUCACAAUAUAGUUGAUGCAGCAUUGUUCAUGGGUAGAUCAUUUCGUGUAGGUUGGGGCCCAGGUGGCAUUCUUGUUCACUCUGGUGCACCUGUAGGUAGUAAUGAUGCCCAGAGAGUAUUAUCUUCUGUAAUCAAUGUAGAAAGAGUGGCAAUUGAUAAAGUCGUUAGAGAUGAAAAUAGUAAAGUAAAGAAAGAACUUGUUGACUUUGCUUUUGAUGCUCCAUUGAAUCUUCACAAAGCUAUAAAUUAUGAAGAAAAAGCAGUGGAAGUUGGAUCCUUUCAAUUGAAACUUCUGAAGGUUGUUUCUAAUCGCUUAGAGCUUUCUGACAUUUGUAGGAGCUAUAUAGACAUUAUUGAGAGGCAGUUGGAUGUUCCUGGUUUAUCUUCUUCUGCUCGGUUGGUUUUGAUGCAUCAAGUGAUGGUCUGGGAACUGAUAAAAGUUCUUUUUUCAGAAAGGGAAAAUACUGGUCAACUGAAAUCCAUGGCUGCUGAUAUUGAAGAAGAUAUGAUGCAGGAUAUCAAGGAAGGUCCUCCAGAAGUUGACUUGGAAGCACUUUCUCUUAUUAGAAGGGCUCAGUUUAGUUGUUGGCUGCAAGAAAGCGUAUGUCAUCGUGUACAAGAAGAAGUAAGAUCAGUGAAUGAUUCAGGUUACUUGGAACACUUAUUCUUUCUCUUGACUGGGCGACAACUUGAUGCAGCUGUGGAGCUGGCAGCUUCUAAAGGAGAUGUUAGACUGGCUUGUUUACUGAGCCAGGCUGGCGGAUCAACAGUUAAUCGAUCUGAUGUUGCAAGACAGCUUGAUAUGUGGAGACGUAAUGGUCUGGACUUCAAAUUCAUUGAGAAGGAAAGGAUUCGGCUUUAUGAGUUGCUUGCUGGUAAUAUUCAUGGUGCUUUGCGUGGUAUUAACAUUGACUGGAAGAGAUUCUUAGGAUUGUUAAUGUGGUUUCACCUACCUUCAGAUACUGCAUUGCCUGUUGUUUUUCGAACUUAUCAGCACCUUCUUGAUGAUGGAAAAGCUCCAUUUCCCGUUCCAAUUUAUAUUGAUGAAGGAUCAGUUGAAGAGAAAGCAAAUUUGAGCAGAGUGGAAAGAUUUGAUCUUUCAUACUAUCUGAUGCUUCUGCAUGCCAGUGAAGAGAGUCAAUUAUGCUCUCUGAAAACAAUGUUUAGCACCUUCUCUUCAACACAUGAUCCACUUGACUAUCAUAUGAUAUGGCAUCAGCGGGCUAUCUUGGAAGCUGUUGGUGCUUUCAAUUCUAAUGAUCUUCAAGCUCUUGACAUGGGACUUAUAUCCCAGUUACUAUGUCAGGAGCAGUGUCAUUGGGCUAUCUAUGUAGCCCUUCACAUGCCCUACCGUGAUGAUUAUCCUUACCUUCAAGCAAUUCUUAUCAGGGAAAUUUUGUUCCAAUAUUGUGAAUCAUGGAGUUCACAAGAAUCACAGCGACAAUUUAUCGAGGAUUUGGGAAUUCCAUUGCAAUGGCUGCAUGAAUCUAUGGCUGUUUAUUUCAAUUACCAUGGGGAUUUGCCAAGGGCUCUUGAGCACUUUCUGGAAUGUGAAAAUUGGCAAAAGGCUCAUUCUAUUUUCAUGACUUCAGUUGCUCAUGCAUUGUUCUUGUCUGCCAAUGACCCAGAGGUAUGGAGGAUUGCAACAUCCAUGGAGAACCACAAGUCAGAAAUCGAAAAUUGGGAUUUGGGAGCUGGAAUUUAUAUUUCAUUCUAUGUGCUAAGAAGUUCAUUACAGGAGGAUAACAAUACUAUGGCUGAAUUGGAUUCCCUCGACAGCAGAAAUGCAGCUUGUAGGGACUUUCUUGGCCGUUUGAAUGAGUCUUCAGCAGUUUGGGGUGGCAAGUUACAUGUUGAUGCGAGGGUGGUUUAUUCAAAGAUGGCGGAAGAGAUAUGCAAUUUGCUGCUUUCUGAUACUAGUGGAAGUCAAACACGUGAUGACCAAUUAAGCUGCUAUGACACCGUCUUCAGCGCUCCCAUCCCGGAAGACCUUCGUUCAACUCAUUUACAGGAUGCUGUUGCAGUUUUCACUUGCAGUCUUUCAGAAGUGUUGAGUUAGUUUGUGUAACUAACCCCGUUCCUAUUGUUGCUUGGAUGGUGAUUUUGGGUUGGGAGCUUGAUGUUGUAAACUCUAACCUUAAUUUCGUACCAAACUCCAAAAUUCAUAAUUGUCAAGUUAAUAGAUAUAAUUACACAACCAAA